AUGUCCGAAACCCCCGCAACGGAAGCGGAAACAUCCACAUCCACAUCGACGCCAGAUGCCGCCUCUUCAGCCUCGGAUCAAGCACCAAGCGACUCUUCGAGUAGCAUGAGCUUGACAAAGCAGCAAGAAAUCGGUAUUGGCAUUGGCGUGUUUGCACUGGUCCUCAUCGUCUUCGGUUACCUCUACUACAAGAAGAAGCUAUGUUUCAAGCCAAAGACGAGUGUCUGGAAAGAUGAUGAAGAGCAUAGGACUGGAGGGAGGGUUUAUCCCCGGAAGAGUAAGAGGGCGAGGGCGAACCAGCAAGAAAAGAGCGAUGAGGAGGAGGAGAGUGAAAUAGAGGAGUUAGAGUCGGAUCAAGAUGACGAGGAUGAGGAGAAAGAAGAGGCGGAGGAGAAACCAAUCAAGAAGAGUUCAAAUGUCAGGGUCAAUGAUUCCAAGCGACUUUCGAGACCUGUAACGCGAAGUGAAAGAGCUACAAAAGCACUCAGCACGAUCAAGGAAAAGGUUGAGAGGGAUGAAUCGAGACUUACAUCCUCGGCUGGCACUAUACCCAAAUCGCGGCCAAAGAGUACGGUCCAGAAAGCUAGGGUAAGGGAUGAGAGUGAUGAGGAGAGCGAGGUAGGAGGAGAGGAUGUGGAGGAGAAGCCGAGGCCUAGAUCGAAGGCCCGGAGGAAUUAG